AUGGGGUCAAUCGGGAAUCAACAACCAGUCCUGAGGCUCACGGCCUUAGAGCGCAUCGGACCUAAGGGAUAUUUGCGCUACGUCUUCCCUUUCCAGCUGCAAGACGAUUAUGAUUUGCAUGAAGUCGCUGGAGCCCUAAAGACCGGGUACGAGGCUCUCACACAACGGAUCCCGGUGGUGGCGUGUGAGGCAGUUCCCGACCUUGAGACGAAGCAAAAGGGCUUAAUGAGAUUUCAGACGCUGGACACCCGCGACGCAAAACAUAUCCUCGUUAAAGACCUGCGUGGCUCCUAUGCCUCUGACUACGCCGACUUGAAACAUCAAUAUUUCCCCGUGGCUGCCUUCGAUGCCGAUACAUUCUGCCGUCGAUCGGUCUGGCCCUCAGCCGGUGAAGGAAUGCCAGUUUCUCUUGUGCAGGCCAACUUCAUUCGCGGGGGACUGGUACUCACAUGGUGCAUUUUACAUAUGGCAGGAGAUGGUAACUCAUUUUCGACGUGGACGGCGAUUUGGGCGGAAGAAUGUCGUCGUGCACAGGGGCUGGAAAUUAUGGCCCCAAUUCAACUUCUCGACGCCGUCUGGAAAGACCGGGAGCAAGUGACCAAGCCCUCAGGUCGCAAUGCGGGCGAACUGGAAAACCAUCCUGAAUAUACCCUCCUUCACUUAACGCCACCAGGGGCACCACCCAAGAUGACCUCCUUGAACCAUCGUGGCCAGGUCUUUUACUUCUCCCCGGACUCUCUUGCAGCCUUGAAGUCACCCUUGGAUACACUGGAGGGUGAUCCUGUCUCUGUUUUCAAUGUCGCUAUCGAUGGGCGCCAACGAACGGAUCCCCCGAUCCACCCGGACACUCUAGGAUCCUUCCUGGAGUACGUUGCUGUUAUUCUUCCCAUUCGCAAGAUGUUGAGUACCUUGAGCCUGGCCGACCUAGCCAUUCAGAUCAGAAAGGCUAUCAUGCGAGCUGACAAGCAACUCACGGACGAUGUCGUUGCUCUGGUGGACCGACUCGAAGAUGUUGAUCGAUUGGUCCCAACCGCCUUCCUGGAUGUUCCUGGGUAUAACUGUGUGCAGACCUCCUGGUUGAACUUCAAACUAUACGGGCUGGACUGGGGCUCUUUACUAGGCCAUCGCAUUGAGGCCGUUCGCGUGCCGCACGUUGGAUGCAUCAACGGCGCUCAAGUUGUGCUUCCAGUACUGCCGGAUGGCGGGAUGGAGAUCUUGGUGGGGGUGGAAGAGAGUUGCUUGGAUCGAUUGCUCACCGAUCCUUUGCUUACCAAAUAUGCAGUAGCCCGAUAGUAUAAGCACAGGGAGCAAUGCAGCGACUGUUGGGAUGUCGGGCCACACUGCAUGGCUGCUCAUUUCAUGCUUCAACGUAGAACGAGCCUGCUUGAUUGCAAUCUCCUCGCAAAUGGCUCGGUACGCUCGGCCUGCGGUUGUGUGCCUGCUUCUUAGGCACACUGUGCUAGUCUAGCCCACAAAUCAUGACUCUUUGCCCGAUAUGAUGUUUGAUUAUGAGCAAUCUUGAAACAGAGCCUGGGAUGCCACAUAGCAAGCUGACGCCCCUAGUCACCUCCAUAUGUGGAGUCACACCAUGUGCGCCCCACGGAGUUAAUUGAACCCCGAGAUAGGCCGGGUGGGCCAGCUCAGGAUGUGAGGUCUCAGGUAUCCCAGGCAUCUAGAUCAUGCUCUAAAUUCU